AUCCUACUAAGAAGCUUUCUAAAGAAUGCUAGCACUACCACGUCAGGUUAGCUGUCAGGUUACAAUUUGGCCAUCGUCACAGGAAAGAUUUAUUUUUGAUUUUUCUCCAGGCUCCUUCCACGUCAAAAGAUUCUUUCGACGAGGUCACAUACAUUUUCUUGGCUUCGACUCACAAAUCCUCUUGACAUCGACUGACUCGAUUCGACUCGACUCCAAGCUCCAAGCUCCAAGCACUCUUUGACUGGUUUUUCGAUCAAAGCACUACAACAGUCAUUUUCAUUCUCGUUCUGAAAAAGGACACAUCAAAAGAGCAACCAUGACGCCCAAACCUGAUGGCAAUGGCAACCAAGAUGGUGUACGGGGGAGUACCCUCGAACGUGUGAAGGAGUUUGCGAGGAGCGAAAGCGAUGGCGACGAUGCGAGCAGCGCGUUUCUCGAGGAAGGUGCAUCGGUCGACAAAGCCGAGGUUGCAGCCCGCGAUCAAUCCCUGGCCAAGCGCGAGACCAAGGCCAUUUCGUACCUUCGUUUGCUGGUCUUCUUUACCAUUGCUGCUGUGGCCACGACUGUAUGUGUCAUCAUGUAUCAGUUUGCCAGCGACAGCGAAGAAGAUCGUUUCGAAAGUGCCUUUGCCGAUCACAGCACCAAGGUGGUGGAUUCCUUCAAAACCAACGCAGCACGUCGUGUCAAGGCCAUUGACACCUUGUCUCAGGCGUACACUUCUCAUGCUAUCAGUACUGGAGCCGAGUGGCCUCUCGUUACUCUGCCAGACUACGAACGUCGAGCUUCUCGUAUCAUGGACUUGGCGGAGGUCGUGGCGAUCUUCAUGUUCCCAAUCAUUACCAACCAGACCCGCGGGGCGUGGGAAGAGUAUGCACUUGAGAAUCAGGGGUGGCUUGAAGCUGGUCUACUGAUUCGUCAAGAGGAGAUUUUGGAACGCAUCGACGACGGCGCUGGGGCUUUGCAAGAGGAAGAAGCCGAUCUGGCAUUCCUAGGAAGUUACCUAAGUGAUAGCAGCGCUGGCGACACCGGAAACAGCAGUGGUCCCAGUAUCCCAGCAGAGAUCUACCAACCUCUCGGUGCAGAAGUUGGGCCUGAAGAUGGACCGGGUCCUUACUUUCCUGUGUGGCAGUGGGCGCCCGCUCUACCGCUUUGGGACUUGGUCAACUUCAAUGCUAUCAAGGGACCCUCGCAUACCAACGAGCUGAUUGCUAUCAUGGACACCAAGAGUGUUGUGACAUCCAGAGCUUUCGACUUUUCCGACGAGAGCGACCCAGAUGUGUUUGGCCGCAAGCCGCUUCUCCAGCUCAUUCUCAAUCGCUGGAAGGGAGGAGGCAACGACUACGAAGAUGGCCCCGUAUCUGAUCUCUACUACCCUAUCUAUUCUUCGUUCGAUGCAUCAGAGCGAGAACUGGUGGCUGUGUUCGACACCCUCGUCUACUGGCAAGUCUACUUUGUCAACGUCCUUCCCCCUAAUGCUGACGGUGUCAUUGUGGUCUUGGAGAACACCUGCAACCAGUCGUACUCAUACCAGAUUGACGGACCCGAGGCAACAUAUCUUGGCCCUGGGGACCUCCAUGAUCCGAAGUUCACGGAAUACGAGGUCUCGACAGGAUUCGGGGCCUUUCUCGGCACCAAGCAUGCAAACUUGCUUGCGGACUCUCAUCACUGCACCUACAACGUCAAAGUGUAUCCCUCGCAGCACAUGAAAGACCAGUACACUACCAACACUCCGGUGGUUUUCGUCAUCAUCCUUGUGUGUGUGUUUGCAUUCACGAGCUUUGUAUUCGUUGUCUACGAUAGGGUGGUGGAACGAAGGCAGCAUGUGGUGUUGGAGACUGCUGUCAAGAGCACCGAAGUCGUCGAUCAAUUGUUUCCAGCUGAGGUGCGGGAAGGAUUGUACAACCAAGCCAAGGCGGAUCACGCACCAAAGGAACGACGUCCUGGCGACAUAUCCAAGAUGUUUGAAAUGGUCGAUACUGACGGCGUGAUGGAAGAAGACGAUGAUACUGUGCCGAACGCCCACCAUUACAAUGAAACAACUGUGUUCUUUGCAGAUAUCGCCGGCUUCACGAAGUGGAGUUCUGGGAAAUCUGCAGCAGAAGUCUUCAAGCUGCUGGAGAUGCUCUAUGGUUCUUUUGAUAGGAUUGCUGCGCGCCGGGGCAUAUUCAAGGUGGAAACCAUUGGGGAUUGCUACAUGGCGGUCGCAGGUGUCCCGAAACCGCAAGCUGAUCACGCAGUGAGAGUUGCAAAGUUCGCCAAUGAGUGUCAACUCAAAAUGAGCCAAAUGAGAGCUCGCUUAGUUGCAAGACUUGGACCCGACACUGGGGAUUUGUCCAUCAGGAUUGGUAUUCACUCUGGUUCUCUAACCGGCGGUGUGUUGAGGGGGGCAAAGGCCAGAUUCCAACUCUUUGGCGACACUGUAAACCAUGCGUCUCGAAUGGAGAGCACUGGUAAACCAUGGAAAAUCCAAGCUUCCGAGGAAACAGCAGAACUGUUGCGACUGGCUGGCAAAGAUGAUUGGGUCCGACCGAGAGAAGAAUUGGUUGAAGCAAAGGGCAAAGGAACGCUGAUGACAUACUGGGUGGAGAUUCGAGGAGAAGGCACCAUCCUCACAACAAGAACCACCUCCACAAGUCACACCGACACAGGAGUCGAGCCUCUUCCAUCCAUUGUGGAUGUUUGAGGAGCAGAAGUUCCGACCUUGCUUUAGCAACGCACUGCGGCAUAUAUUUUCAGCUUCUUACUACAAAGACAUGCUUUUGUCAGCUUCUUUCUUUCCUGGGUUCCUGCCGAAACGCAGUGCGUAUUAGAUUCUACACUUCCACAGACUAUACUUAGGAAAAUUCACAUAUCCUC